AUGGCGGCGGCCGCGGCGGGCCUGGGCGGUGGUGCCGGCGCGGGGCCCGAGGCCUCGGACUUCCUGGCCCGUUACCGGCUGGUGUCCAACAAGCUGAAGAAGCGGUUCCUGCGCAAGCCCAACGUGGCGGAAGCCGGCGAGCAGUUCGGGCAGCUGGGCCGCGAGCUCCGCGCCCAGGAGUGCCUCCCGUACGCGGCCUGGUGCCAGCUGGCGGUGGCGCGCUGCCAGCAGGCGCUGUUCCACGGGCCCGGGGAGGCGCUGGCCCUCACCGAGGCCGCCCGCCUCUUCCUGCGGCAGGAGUGCGACGCGCGCCAGCGCCUCGGCUGCCCCGCCGCCUACGGGGAGCCGCUGCAGGCCGCCGCCAGCGCCCUCGGCGCCGCCGUCCGCCUGCACCUGGAGCUGGGCCAGCCGGCCGCUGCCGCCGCCCUUUGCCUCGAGCUGGCGGCCGCCCUGCGCGACCUGGGCCAGCCGGCCGCCGCCGCCGGACACUUCCAGCGCGCCGCCCAGCUCCAGCUGCCCCAGCUGCCCCUGGCCGCGCUGCAGGCGCUCGGCGAUGCCGCCUCCUGCCAGCUGCUGGCGCGGGACUACAACGGCGCCCUAGCGGUCUUCACGCGCAUGCAGUGCCUGGCGCGGGAGCAUGGCACCCACCCGGCGCAGCCGCCGCCGCUGCCGCCGCCGCCGCCGCCUCCCCCGGGGCUCCAGCAGCCCGCCCUGCCCGCCGCGCUGUUCGCCUCCAACGCGGGCCCCACGGUGCCCCCUCCCGCCGCACUGGGCGCCUUCUCCGACGUGCUGGUCCGCUGUGAGGUGUCUCGCGUGCUGCUGCUGCUGCUCCUGCAGCCACCACCCGCCAAGCUGCUGCCUGAGCACGCUCAGACCCUGGAGAAGUACUCCUGGGAGGCCUUUGACAGCCACGGGCAGGAGAGCGGCGGGCCGCUUCCCGAGGAGCUCUUCCUGCUGCUCCAGUCCCUGGUCAUGGCCACCCACGAAAAGGACACGGAGGCUGUCAAGUCGCUGCAGGUGGAGAUGUGGCCGCUGCUGACCGCCGAGCAGAACCACCUCCUUCACCUCCUUCUGCAAGAGACCAUCUCCCCCUCGGGACAGGGCAUCUGAUGCUCCCCGCCCCCCACCGAGUGACUUCAGGCCAGCCCCACGCAUCCAUCCGCAUCCAUCCGCAUCCAUCCUCUCUGGCGCGCGGCGCUGGGGCGGGGAGGGGGCGUGAAGACACCCUGAGUGGCCCCUUCUGCCGCUGGGAGAAUCCGCUUGGCCUCAUCCCGAAGCCUGUUUCCGCAGGCAGCGCGAAGGGCAAAGGCAGGCAUCUGACAGAAUCCCACGUGGGUGCCUUCUGCCUUCUCCGAGCGGGAGUGCCCCUUUUACCACCUCCCCUCGCUGCCCUCGGCCGCACACAGACUCGUGCUCUGUCUUCAUUCCAUAAGCAGGAUCCCGCUCUGCACAGCUCUGCCCGAAUGUGUAAGCCUCAAGCUCCAUAGUGUCCUCGUGGCCCUUCAUUUCUUAGCGCCCUUCGAGGUCUCUGAGACCGCCAGAUUGCCUUCGUCCCGGCUGCUUCGGAGCUCUGGCGCCGGAGGCCUGCUUGUCCCUUGCCGCCCAGCUGUUGCGCGCCCAAGCUGUUCAUUGAGGACUCCCGCCUCACGGCGCAGACUUGCCUCCUCCAGAAGACGUGACUACCUCCCUUGCCUAUUUGUCCAGAAGCACAGCUAGGUAGUUAGCUGUCUGUCAGCUCGGGGAUGCCGGCCUUCUUUGGAAACGUGCGGUGUGGCAGUGUAGGGCACGUGGGCCACGAGUCUAGGGCGAUCUUUCACAAAGCAGGCGCGUCUGUGGCAGAAGUUCCAGUGACACUGCUAGUCUGGUCCGGCUUCACACUUCCGCACAGUUGCGGGUCUCUCCGGAGCGGGCAUAGGCUAUCUGCCCUAGAGCUUGCGAUUUGCCCAACUGUGCAGAAUCGUGGCGUGGCCUCUGAUGCACUGAGCUCCCGUGAGGAUAGGCAAGGCAGGCGUCCCUGUUCCCCAGCAACGAGGUGGUGGCCCACAUCCCCAGGGCUUGUAGCUCCACUUGUUACGUCAGCUUGGUUCUUGUCUCAUUUUGAGAAUGAGCAUCGGUACUCUGCAGAACAGAACCCUGCUCUCAAACGUGGGGCUCUGGCAAAAUGCAUCCUCUAGGCUGAAAGUUGACACAGAGAUAGAGCCAAGGGCAAGAACAGCAUCUUCUCUCCAAGCUCUCUCCUAAUUUUCCUCGUGUGGCCAGUUGACCAAGUCAGUGCCUGGUUGUCUCUUGGAACCUGUCUCUCCCUCAGCCUCUCUCUUACAGGUAAUUAAACACUGAGACCAGUGGAGUUAGUCCCAACAUGCCUCUGAAAUCUGUCUACUUCUGCCCUUGACAUUGUUGCUGGGCAACAGCGCUAAGGUUCCCCACCCCUCUGGGGAAUGAUAGAGAUCUCACCUCUUCCCGUCACACCCACCCUCAGCUUGGAGCGUGAGGAACUAACCUGUCUAGGAGAAAUCCUUACAUCUUCAUAGGUCUAUGGAGCACUGCCCAAUGCUGUGGAUUCCUUUCAGUCUCCAGGUUUUACAAUAAAAUACAGAAAGAUU